UAAACAUUAGAUUGUUCAGAUAGAGCACUUGCUAGCAAAUAUCAUGAAAUUCACUUAGGGUAAGGUUGCUCAAGUCGUACCACAGCCUAAGUCGUACCCAGGCUAUAACUCGUCUGAUAUUUGUAAACAGUUCCAUGUAGUGUUCUCAAUCGGAACUAUUUAGUCGACCGAGCAAACGCAAGAAAGCGGACCGCCAGGUGGCUGUCAGAUGCAGAAAUAACUAAAAAAAUGGCAAAGAGAAAGUAUACAAUACGUGGAAGCAGGAGUACAUGGACGAAGCCUUGGAGAAACAUCGAAAUGGAGAGAUUGGAUUUAAUGAAGCAUGUAGAAGAUUUAAUAUACCAAAGCCUACAUUGCGACGACACUUAAAAGAGAUGGAAGAGAUAUUAGCACAGUAUUUGAUGAAUUUAGAGUCUUGUUUCUUCGGUCUAACUACCACUGAAUUCAGAAAACUUGCCUUCGAACUUACUGAAAAAGCUCAACUACCUCAUCGUUUUAAUAAGGAAAAGAGAAUAGCGGGCAAAAAGUGGUAUUAUAGGUUUAUGAAGGAGCAUCCUACUUUGUCCUUGCGUGCUCCAGAACCAACCUCGAUGGCCAGAAGCAAAGGCUUUAAUAAAGAGCGUGUUAAUCAGUUUUUUGAUAAGUACGAAGAAAUACUGGACAAAUACAAGUUUGUUGAUCACCAAAUAUAUAAUAUGGACGAAACUGCAUUAUCCACCGUUCACAAACCUUCCAAAUAUUUUCUAAGUACGACUAAGGCUAUAGGAGGUACGAGUUAAGCGACUAGCCGCCUUAAUCGUACCGAUGGUACAUU